UUUGCCACAAAAAUCAAUACCUUUAAUGAUUUAAAUCCUAAUCAAGAUUUAGUUGCUGAUGAUAGUGGUUACCCCUUUGAUAUUUUGAAAACUGUUCUUGCUAUGGAUAUUUAUGACCCCCAAAUUCCCAAUAGUAUGGUUGUGGAUGACCAACCAAAUCAAUCAAAAAUUUUCCCAGAAGGUAUUCCUUAUGAAGGUGGUUAUGUUCUUGAUGGUGAUUACAGUAACUAUGGUUCAAAACCAUUAAAAAAUAACAAAUGUGAAAAUGAUGAUAGUGAAGAAAAGAUAGAGAAUGAACAAGAAAUCAAAUUCAAACCUCACAGUUCAGAUUAUUUCGAGCAAAUCAAUGAUAGAUUAGAAGAGCUUGUAAAACAAAGU